GAGUACUUUCGGCGGGAAACAUGCCUCUUGGCAGGCUUGGUCAGCGUCUGUCGUGUGUCGCAGUUCGUCAUCAUCGAGCAGCUUGCGUGUCUACAACGUGCGUUUCUCAACCUCAAGGAGUUUUAGUGUCACGUGAAGGAUAUUACGGAAGAUAUAAGACGCGACAUAAAGAAAGAAAUAGCUGCAUCAUGGAAAUGCUUUCAACGAAGAAGCUUUACAACAACCCGUUUACGAUCUGCAUAGAGGGAAAUAUCGGAAGUGGUAAAACAACAUUCUUGAAUCACUUCCAGAACUUUAACAAUGCUACCAUUUUACAAGAACCAGUGGACUUGUGGCGAGAUGUGGCUGGAAUAAAUUUGUUGGAUCUUUUCUACAAGGAUCCAGCACAUUACGCCUUCUUGUUUCAAUCAUAUGUUCAGUUAACUAGGCUACAGUUACAUACUAUGGCUACACCAUCACCCUAUAAAGUUAUGGAAAGGUCUGUGUUUAGCGCAAAAUGUUUCCUAGAAAACAUGAAGCGUAUGCACAUGAUACAGGAUGUAGAAGCGGUAGUUUUAGAAAAUUGGUAUGAUUGGUGUAUGGAAAAUACAAAUAUAAGGGCAGAUUUAAUAAUAUAUCUGAGGACAACACCGGAAGUUGUAUUUCAAAGAAUGCAAGCACGCGCACGUAAAGAAGAGGAUUCUGUGUCGUUGGAAUAUCUAAAACAAAUUCACGAAAUCCACGACGACUGGCUCUACAGACAAACUCUAUUUUCUUUACCGGCGCCGGUUAUGAUCAUAGACGGUGAUAAAAGUUUCGAAGAAAUGGUGCCACAAUUUGAGAAGUGUAAAAAUCGGAUACUCGACGAACAAACUGAUGGCACAACAAGCCCCAGAAUCGUUUUAAAUACUAAAGCAUAACGUAGGCUGUUUAUGC